CUUGGCUAACGGAGCUAAUUCCGGACACGCACGCUACGCUGGACGGGUUCCGCAUCAUACGGGCGGACAGGACAGUGGAGAGCGGUAAGAGGAAGGGAGGAGGACUGGCAGUGUUUGUUAAUGAUAGAUGGUGUAACUCUGGGCACAUCACUGUUAAAGAGCAGACCUGCACAACGGACAUUGAGCUGUUAGCUGUUAGCAUGAGGCCAUACUAUCUGCCAAGGGAAUUCUCGCAUGUUAUCAUGGUGGCUGCGUACAUCCCCCCCUCUGCUGACGCUGAAGCGGCCUGUGACGUCAUCCACUCAGCGACGAGCAGGCUGCUGACACAACACCCCAAUGCCCUCCUCCUUCUCUCUGGGGACUUUAACCAUGCCCCUCCGUCCUCCACUCUGCCCACAUUCACCCAGUACGUCACAUGCCACACCAGAGACAAUAAGACACUGGAUCUCCUCUAUGCCAACACCAAGGAGGCAUACUCAUCAUCACCUCUCCCUCCCCUGGGCCGAUCUGACCACAACCUGGUGCACCUCCUGCCUGUGUACACCGCUCUUGCACAGAAGCAGCCAGCUGUGACCCGCACAGUUAGACAAUGGACCGAUGGAGCCGAGGAGGCUCUGAAGGACUGUUUUGAGACAACUGUGUGGGAGGUAUUCAGUGAUGCCCAUGGGGAAGACAUCGACGGUCUCACCGACUGCAUCACAGACUACAUCAACUUCUGUGUUGAGAACACCCACCAGGACUGUACGGUGCUUCUCAAAUGGCAAACCCUGGAUCUCUCCAAAGAUAAAGGCCCUCCUCAAGGAGAAGAAGAGGGUCUUUAGAUCUGGCAACAAGGAGGCGCUGAGGACUGUGCAGAGGGAGCUGAGGGUGGAGAUCAGGGAGGGUAAAGAUGUCUA